AUGGCCUCGGUACUCUCAAUCCGGCGUCCCAUCGCCGCUCUCGCAGCACGUACUGCAAAGCAAACCUCCCAGAAAGCGAUCCCCCACGCCGCCGUAACGGCCCUUCUGUCCUCACCGGCCAGCCCGCGAAGCUACUCUACAGCGCCGAGGCCCCAAACCGCAAGGCUCGCGCUCGCAUCGAGCAAUAUCAAACAGCAUCUCUCACACCAGCAGCAGACCAUCCGCCGCAUCAACCACAACACAACCAAGCCACUCCGAAGCUGGAAGUUCGAAGACAUCAACGCCGCCCUCCCAUCCGACCCUACCGGACCCCCAUCACCCCCAGCAAGCCCGCAAAGGAAACUCAUCCUCGUUGACGUCCGCGAGCCAGCUGAACUCACCUCCACCGGUAUCAUCCCCACCGCCGUAGCCGUCCCGCUAGCCUCGCAGCCCGAUGCGCUCUUUCUGACGCCGGACGAGUUCGAGACACGCUUUGGGUUCCCGAAGCCUGGGAUCGAGGAAGAGGGCGAUAUCAUUUUCUACUGCAAGGCGGGCGUGAGGGCCAAGACGGCGGCGCAGUUGGCGGUGCAGGCGGGGUAUAACCCGGACAGAAUUGGGGUGUAUGAGGGGAGUUGGUUGGAUUGGGCUGAUAAGGGGGGGAGAGCGGAGAAGUGGGAGGGGCCCGAACAUGAGUAG